AUGGCUGCUCCGUUUGGCUGGGAUAAAGGAAAAACUUAUCAUACUGGUCUUCACCCAACAAGAGUUGAAAAAGACUCGCGUACCUCGCUUGAACUAAAAUUUAUAACCUUUUUAGAUCAAUUUCGCGUCGAAGAACACUUCAUAUACAGAGAAAAAAUUAAAAGAAAUUUUGAAGGUCGAAAUUACUAUGUUGAUGUUUCGAUUGAACACCUUGAUGCUUAUGAUCGCAAAUUUUCCGAUAAAUUGAAAGAAACGCCUGCAGACAUGAUGCCUUUGUUUGAGUCUGCAGUACAAAGCUUCGCAAGAAAACUCUUGGUUGAGGUGGAUAUUGAAAUUCCACCUUUUCAAGUCGUGCUUCGUGCUCCCCAAAAGGCAAACAUUAUGAUGCGUGAACUAAACGCGGAUCACAUUUCUAAGCUCAUUCGAAUAUCUGGAAUAGUAAUUUCAGCCACUAAUUUGACUUCAAAGGCAACGCAUGUUCAAAUCAUGUGUAAAACGUGUCGACAUUUUAAGAUGUUACCAGUAGCUAGUGGUUUUUCAGGCGUUCAGCUUCCUAGAACUUUUGGUCCAAAGGAUUGCGGCAUCGACCCGUUUGUUAUUAUACAUGACAGGUGUACUUAUGUGGAUCAGCAAGUACUAAAGAUUCAAGAAGCACCCGAUUUUCUUCCAGUAGGAGAUUUGCCACGACAUAUAACAGUAUAUUUAGAUAGAUAUUUGGCUGAUAGAGCCGUUCCAGGAAGGCGCGUUAAUAUUGUAGGGAUAUAUGAUGUUUUCAACAAUAAUUCCAACAAAAAAAAAAGUCAAGGUAUAGGGACUCGUAUUCCUUAUAUACGCUCUCUUGGUCUCGAGUUUGACAUGGAUCAAGAUGGACAAGGAUUAGCAACUUUCACACAUGCUGAGGAAGAAGAAAUCAUUGCCAUGUCGCGCAGACCAAAUUUUCAUAAAAUAUUUACAAAUAGUAUCGCACCAUCAAUCUAUGGAAAUCAUGACAUCAAAGAAGCAAUUACUUGCUUGCUUUUUGGUGGAAGUAAAAAAAUCCUUGCAGACGGAAUGAAAUUACGAGGUGAUAUAAAUGUAUUGUUGUUAGGUGAUCCCGGUACUGCGAAAAGUCAAUUCUUGAAAUUCGUUCAACAGGUCGCACCAGUUGCAGUAUAUACAUCGGGAAAAGGAAGCAGUGCUGCCGGUCUUACGGCUGCUGUUGUACGAGAUGGCCCAAGUCGUGAAUUUCGUUUGGAAGGUGGUGCAAUGGUACUAGCAGAUGGUGGUGUCAUAUGUAUUGAUGAAUUUGACAAAAUGCGUGAUGAAGAUCGAGUAGCUAUUCACGAAGCAAUGGAACAACAAACCAUAUCCAUUGCUAAAGCUGGAAUAACCACGAUAUUGAAUUCCCGCACAUCAGUUUUAGCAGCUGCUAAUCCUAUCAAAGGUCGUUAUGAUGAUAUGAAAGCACCUAAUGAAGAUAUAGCUAAACAUGUGAUGAUGGUGCAUAUGAACCGGGCACCACCGGAAUCUUCAGUUGGUGAAAUUGAUGUUUCAAAAAUGAAGAAAUAUAUUAGCUAUGCUAGGACAAGAUGUGCCCCUCGUAUAUCUCCAGAAGCUUCAGAAAAAUUAAGUAGUCAUUUUGUAAGUAUACGUGCUGAGGCCAGUCGUGCAGACCAAAAUAAACAUGGACAUUCUUCGAUUCCUAUUACAAUCAGACAAUUGGAAGCCAUUAUUCGAAUUUCAGAAUCCAUAGCGAAGGUUACGUUAUCUCCACGCGUAACUGUACAACACGUCGAACAAGCAAUGCGUUUAUUCAAACACUCUACUAUGAAUGCUUUAUCUUCAUGUGAUAUUCCGGGAAUGCAUCACUCUGAAGCAAGAAGACAAAUAGAGAUAGUCGAAGAGGAAAUUAAGCGUCGCAUCGCUGUAGGUUCAAGGGCUUCUACGCAACGUAUAAUCAAAGAAUUUGAAAGACAAUUUAAACCAGAAGUUGUACAACGUGCCAUUGAUAUACUGGCAAGACGUGAAAUACUACAAUACAGAAAUCAAAGAAAAGUUGUUAUGAGAAUUAGAGCAAAUUAA